UUACCAUUUACGCGGCUGUUGCUACAACAACAAAUAAAUCCCAAGAAGAAAAAGGUUCUAAAAUUAAUGGUUUUAAUUGACUAAGCCAGUUUGUGACCGAAGUUCUUCACUUUUUGAGAAUGGGUGAUCAGGAUGAUAGAUACACUUUUGUUGUGGAAUGGUAUGAGGAGAUAGCUGCUAGAAUAAGACAGUUUUUACUCAUUUACUAUGUUAAAAAUAAAGGUGUUGAAAUGUAUGAUACAAACAGCCGAAAAACUUUCCUAAAAACAUCAUUACGAGAUCAACCUAUAGAUUUAUCAGAUCUAUAUAUUGGUAGCAAGAUACAUAUCUUAGGUCGUCAGUUACAGAUUACUGAAUAUGGUGAUGAAUACACUAAAAGUAAAUUAUCAACAAAGAAAGAAAAAACUCUGGGAUUAAUAAAGCCCGAUGCUAUCAAUAAAAUGGGUCAAAUAUUAGACCAUAUCUACAGAAAUGGUUUCAUGAUUACAAAAUUGAAAAUGUGUCAGUUAGAUAGAAAUGAAGCAUUUGAAAUGUAUCAAGAACAUCGUGGAAAAUCUUUCUUAAAUGAUUUAUUAGGCUAUGUGACAAGUGGACCAGUAUUAGCAUUUGAAAUAGUUGGAGAAAAUGCUAUAGAGAACUGGAGAAAAACAAUUGGUCCAACUGACCCUGCUAUAGCUAGAAGUGAAGCACCUAAAAGUAUCAGAGCUCAAUAUGGCACUGACAAAACAAAGAAUGCCUGUCAUGGUUCUGAUAGUCCAGCCUCAUCAGCUAGAGAAUUAGAGUUUUUCUUUCCUUCAACUGGUGGUAAAAGACGUAAUACAGCUCAGUUGUCUGAUAGUACAUGUUGUUUAAUUAAGCCCCAUGCUGUCAGAGCAGGUCUGUCUGGUAAGAUAAUAUCAGCUAUUUUAGAAGCUGGAUUUGAAAUAUCUGCUAUACAGAUGGUCAACUUAGAGAAAGCUAAUGCAGAAGAAUUUUAUGAAGUUUAUAAAGGUGUAGUACAGGAGUAUAAUGGGAUGGUAGCUGAGUUGACAUCUGGUUCUUGUAUAGCUUUAGAAAUCCGAGCUCAAGAUGCCCCCAAAAAAUUCAGAGAAAUGGCUGGACCUGCUGAUCCUGAAAUAGCAAGACAUUUGAGACCUAGAACAAUACGAGCUUUAUUUGGUGUUGAUAAAGUGAGAAAUGCUGUUCACUGUACUGAUUUACCUGAAGAUGGUAUUAUGGAAGUUGAAUAUUUCUUCAAGAUAUUAGAACAGUAGAAUAUAUAUGGCCAUGAUUUAUACAGCAUUCAUUUUAUAUAUUUUAUCAUAUUUUAACUUAUUACUGAUUGUACAGAAUUCUAAUUAAACUGUAAAUAAAGCCAUUUUUACCUUCAAA